AGGAGGGGGAGGGUGUAUUCGACCCCUGCGUCAACCGGCACGUCGUGGACAGCUGCUAGGGUGGGGUUCGAACGUCGACUCCUCCCCAAUCGUCGACAUGGGCAUGGCCGGGAGAUACAUGGUCAAGUAUACCACCAAGGGAGAGUCUCGGAGCAGGUACAUACAGACAACGCUCGCGACCCUUGUUCGCCACGCCGCUACCCUGGACGCCGACGACGACGACAGGCUUACGUUGCCUUCGAUCAUGCGAAAGGUCCUCAACAUGGCGACGACGAGGCGAGACAUGGGCGUGCAGGAGCUGCUGGGGUGGGGUUCGAACGUCGACUUCUCCCCAAUCGUCGACAUGGGCAUGGCCGGGAGGUACAUACAGACAACGCUCGCGACCCUUGUUCGCCACGCCGCUACCCUGGACGCCGCCGACGACGACGACAGGCAUACGUUGCCUUCGAUCAUGCGAAAGGUCCUCAACAUGGCGACGACGAGGCGAGACAUGGGCGUGCAGGAGGUUCAGCACCUCAACCUACAGACCCACAACGUCCUCCACAACGUCGAGUACGUGAGGGUGUAUACCGAGCAGACUUCUGUCGAAGUUGAGAGCGCCGGGGCCGACGGGGGACUUCGACCAGUGCGGGACCUGCUCCUUGCGUACUCCCGUCGCAUGGAUCAAGAUGCGUGGGUUCCCAUCCAUGGAGGAAGGCCCCAGCAGGACGCGGUCCUCGAGGAGAUGAACAACUGCACGUUCGCCGCCACGUACAAGCUAACGCGGGAGAAGAAGAUUACGACUCACAUCCGAAAUAACCGCGUCGUCUCCUUCCUUCCCAUCUUCUCUCACAGCCCUACCAGCCCGAAGUACGCCGACUACUGCCGCAGCCACCUCGUGAAGUACCGCCCGUGGCGUGACCCUCUGCACAACGGGUGGGACGGCGAGGAAGGAGAGGAGGCUACCGCACAGGACGCUGCUGCCAGGCAAAACAUGAUAGACGCGUGGAGGACGUGGGCCACCGAAGUUCAGGCGAUGCCGUUGGGACAACAACCGCGUGGUUUCUCGGCGCGAGACCUCCAGGCCAACCGCCGACGCCGAGGCCGCGACAGCGGGGAGGGUAGCGGAGGUGAGCCCCACGAAGGCGACGGGGAAAGGAAGGAGAAUGACGAUGAACCCCCCAACCUCGACGGCCUGCGCGGGAACGGAUUGCAGGGGGGGGCUGGGGACGAUGACCUUGAUCGGCGGUGGAGCGACGGCCGCGACGGCAGCAACGUCGACUGGGGCCAGGAGGGUUGGGCCCAGGCACAAGGAGUGCGGGAAGACUCCACUACCUGGGUGAAGGACUCUGCUGGUGCCGCGGCUGCCGGCCCCGCCUCCACAGAAGCGGCUGUGCUUCCGGUACCAGUCCUCAACGAGAAGCAGGCUCUCGCUGUAGCACUGGUGAGAGAUGACGCGGCGAGCCUCGACUCCUACCGAGAAGCCGCCCGCGUGAGCCGCAGAGACAACAGCGCCAGGGCCGCGCACCCCCCCCUGCCGGCGCCUCCGAGUCCUCUCCGUUUGCUGCUCACGGGGACGGCGGGCACCGGCAAGACGGUUGUCAUUCGGGAGAUGGUGAGGUUGGUGGGACAGCAGCGGUUCAUCCUCAUGGCUCCAACGGGGAACGCUGCUUGCGCCAUCGGAGGAAUGACCAUCCACGGCGGUUUCAGGAUUCCCGUCGUCCAGAGCAACCGGUCUUCGGACCCCAGCCGCAUGACCGAAGCAGCUCUCAGGGACCUGCAGGAGCGCAUGGCUGAGGUCGAUUUCAUCCUCGUCGACGAGUUCUCCAUGGUGGGUCAGGACAUUCUCGGCCUCAUAAGCGCGAGGGGAAAACAGGCCGUGGAGGGGCGGAGGGGAGAUGGAAUAGAGGACUUCCGCCAAGACGUAUUCGGAGGCCUGAGCAUCAUCCUCGUCGGCGACCCAGCACAGCUUCCUCCGGUCGGGGCUAGCCCGUUGUGGAAACACAAUCCUUCCACGGGCGGCCUCAGCAUGCAAGGACUGCAAGCGUGGCUGUCGAUGAACAACGCCGUCGAGCUCACACGGGUCAUGCGCCAGCAAGGUCCGGAGCAGGCCGCCUUCCGCGACACACUACUGCGUAUCGCCGAGGGCAUGCAGACCGCAGACGACUGGGACGUACUCAAGCGAAGGUUCAUCGCCGCGGUGGGGGCUGCAGAACGCGAAACCUUCGACGACGCUGGGCUUGCNACUGGAACUGGCGGCGGUUGA